AUAAAGGUGAACAGUUGAUCAGAGACAGCAUUUCUCUCUUUCUCUCUGAAGGAGAAUAAACAAUCUCAGGUUUUUCUCAACAAACAGCAGAAUCUCUGAUACAAUCUGCUCCUCUUUGUGGAAUGCAGUAAAGCCUGUUCUCUUCCUUCCUGCUCUCAAACAGAGCCAGCUACACCCUCUCAAGUUCAUUCAGAGCGAUGACCUCUAAAGGCAGCGGGACGAUGGAGGUGGCGGCGCUCGGACGGCCUUUCGGUCUUGGGAUGUUGUACGACUGCCGCAAAGACUCUCUCGUCCCUGGAAUGACUUUGUGGGACCGUGAGGACCUUAAAAAACAUACUGGAGAAAGACCACAGAACUAUAAUAAUUUUGAUUUAGUUGCAUCUGAAUCAAUUGCGGACAAAUCUUCAGCACUAAAUGUUGAAGCAUCACUGAAGGCAAGUUUCUUGGGUGGACUGGUAGAGGUUAGUGGAUCAGCCAAAUACCUGAACGAUACUAAGACUUCCACAAAUCAGGCCAGAGUAACACUGAAUUACAAAACUACCACAAAGUUCCACGAACUGUCCAUGAAUCAUCUUGGAAGAGACAAUGUGAUACAUCAGUCUGUCUUUGAUAAAGGAAUAGCCACACAUGUAGUCACAGGUAUCCUUUAUGGCGCACAAGCCUUCUUUGUCUUUGACCGUGAGGUGUCUGUCAACGAGAACCAUCAAGACAUUCAGGGCAACUUGAAGGUGAUGAUCAAGAACAUUCCCUGCCUUUCAAUAGAGGGUGAAGGCUCGCUGAAAAUGGAAGACAAGGACAAAGCAAACGUUGAGAGGUUCUCCUGCAGAUUCUUUGGAGACUAUUUCAUCCAGAAACCUCCAACAUCCUUUCAGGAGGCAGUAGAGGUGUACCAAAGUCUGCCAAAGCUGCUGGGAGCCAACGGGGAAAACGCAGUACCAGUGAAGGUCUGGCUGUUGCCUCUGACAUUUUUAGAUUCUACUGCCGCUAAACUUGUCCGUCAGAUAAGUAUAGGAUUAGUUGAAGAAUGUCAGAGUGUCCUGGAGGACUUCAGUGACCUGGAAAUGAGGUUCAAUGAUGCACUGAGAACCCAAACUGCACAGCAGUUCCCACAGAUUGGGAAAAAACUCAAAACCUUUAAACAGAAGUGCUCUCAGUUCAAACUGGAAUUCCAACAAACUCUGGCAGAGAAACUUCCAUCAAUCCGAGGAGGAGGAGAAGAAGAAGCUGUGCUCACAGAGAUCCUGAGGAAGACAUGUUCUUCUCCUUUCAACAGCAAGGACCUGAACGAGUGGAUGGACUGGAAGGAGAGAGAAAUAUACACCGUGAUGUCUCUGACCAACAUGAUGACAAACACCAAGAUCAUCUCAUCUCAAACAGACCUGUUCAAAGAAAGUUUCAAAGCAGAGCAGGCUGUGUGUUUUGUCUUCACCUCGCUGGGAAGUGAUGAACCGUACCUCUCAACUUUAUCAAACUACCUUCAACAAACACCCAAACCAGACGACGCUCAAGAUCCCCCCCCUCCAGAUCAAUGGUACAACUCAAGAGAAGAAAUGGAAGCAAUGCGGCACAAAGCAAAGCUCUUCAGUGAUUUUGCAGAGGCCAACAAGGAGAACAAGAACAUCACAUUCCUGACGGUGGGUUUAACAAACGAGACACAGAGAGGUGCCAGCAUCUACCUUUAUACAGACGGCCUUUCUGACAAUGAGAACUUUGAGCCGCCUUCAAAGCCUGCAACAGUAACAGGAAGUGAUAUAAACCACAACAGUGUGACGCUGAGGAUUUCUCCACCCAGAUUUGGAGCAGAGGACAUCACCUCCUACUCUGUUGAGUACUGUGUCAGAGGAGAGGACGACUGGAAACAAAAGACAGCAUCCGAAGCUGAAGAAGUCACAGUGAGCGACCUGAGUGCCAGGCCAGCCAAUGAAGAUGGAGGCUUUGAUCUGAAGUGCCUGAAAAUGGGUGCAAGAAGCAUGGAGAACAUAUUUGUUAAUUUUGAUAAGACAACAACCAAAAGCUUGACAAAGAAAGUCCUCAGAGAAAGAAAGCAGCCCGAAAAUGUGCAAAAGCAGGUUAAAGUAGGGUUAGCCAAGCUGCGUCUUAACACAGAGUACAUGUUCAGAUGCAGGGCAGAGACACCAGUAGGUGCCGGGCCAGCCAAUGAAGUCAGUGGAUCCAUUCAAACCUUACCCUGCAGCCCUCCUGGAAAACUCCACGUUGAAUCUACCUCACGUGAGAUAUCAGUCAGCUGGGAGAAACCUGCUGAGCUCGGACAAGAUGUCCAUGUUUUGAGCUACAUCGUGGAGUACGCCAAACAAGACCAACAGGUGAAAGAGGAAGAUCUCCACUGGGAGCAAAUGAUGGCAGGAGCUGAGAAGGUGAUCAUUUCAGGACUUCAGCCAGAGACAGAAUACGCUGUCAGGGUCAGGUGUGAUUGUGGUGCAGCUGGAAGAAGCAAAGAAAGCAUCGCUGUUAAUGUCCGCACAACAAAACCUGCACAUCUUAAAGAAUUCCUCAUAAGUAAAAGCAAAAGGAUCAAUUCUGAAUCUCCCUCAGUUUACAAACUGCCUCUGACAGAAGAAGACAUGCACGUCAAAGGAUGCCGGAGGUACAACUUUGGCGAAGAAAGCACGAGGCAAAAUCGCACAAUAAUGCUUCUCGGAGCAACUGGAUCUGGAAAGUCCACUCUGAUCAAUGGGUUCAUCAACUACAUCGUUGGUGUAGAGUGGAAGGACGAUUUCAGAUUCAAGUUAGUUCACGAGGAUCAGUCGAGAUCUCAAGCUGAGAGCCAGACCUCUGAAGUCACUGUGUACAACAUCAACCACCAAGAGGGCUUUAAAAUCAAUUACUCUCUGACCAUUGUGGAUACUCCAGGUUUUGGAGAUUCAAGAGGAAUAGAAAGAGACAAAGAGAUCACAGAACAGAUUCGUAAUCUCUUCUCUUCAGAGCGUGGCGUCAGUGAAAUUGACGCAGUGUGUUUUGUAGCUCAGGCUGCUUUAGCUCGGCUCACAGCAACACAGAAGUAUGGGUUUGAUUCUGUGCUCUCAAUCUUUGGCAAAGAUGUGGCAGAAAACCUCCAGGUUCUGGUGACAUGCUCAGACGGCCAACGCCCACCAGUUCUAGAGGCGAUCAAUGCUUCACGUGUCCCUUGUCGUAAAACAGAAGACGGGCUGCCAGUUCACUUCAAAUUCAAUAAUUCUGCAUUGUUUGCACAGAACCAAUCAUCUGCUGCUGCUGACUCGAGUGGGGAUGAGGAAGAUGGAGGCUUUGAUCAGAUGUUCUGGGAACUGGGGGCAAAAAGCAUGGAGAGGUUCUUUGUUGCUACUGAUAAGCUAACAACCAAAAGCUUGACAAUGACAAAGGAAGUCCUCAGAGAAAGAAAUCAGCUCCAGAUCUCAAUUGAAAAUGUGCAGAAGCAGGUUAAAGUAGGGUUAGCCAAGCUUGAGGAGAUAAAAGAGACAACUGAACAGGUUAAACUGCAUGAAGCAGAGAUCAGCAGAAAUGAGAAAUUUGAGAUUGAAGUAGUCGUCAUGAAGCCUUUUAAAGUAGAUAUAUCUGGCACUGGAACCUUCAUCACCAACUGUCAGGUGUGUCAUGUCACCUGUCACUAUCCAUGUCCAUAUGCCAAUGAUGGAGAUAAAAGAAAGUGUAAAGCAAUGGGACCAGAUGGAAACUGUACUCAGUGUCCAGGCAGAUGUCAUUGGAGUAAACAUUAUAACCAGAAGUACAGAUGGGAGUAUAGGGAGGUUACAGAAAAGCAUACAGUGAAGGAGCUGAAAGAAAAGUACCUGAAGGCCUCAAAGGCUAAGGGAACUGUUCAGGAAGUGACCCCACUCCAUCACACUGGAGUGAGGGAGAUAAUGAUGAGGUCUGCCAAGUGUCUGAACAGACUAGGAGAGAUCGCACUGAAGCCAAAGCCUCUCUCCACUCCAGAGUACAUUGACCUGCUCAUUGAGGGAGAGAAAUCUGAAGCCAAGCCAGGCUGGAAGCAACGAGUCGAGUACCUGAUGGAGAUGAGAGGACAAGAAGAGCUCAUGGGUAAAGCAAGGAGAGGAGAACACCUGCUUUAAAGUGAAGAAUCUUAAACUGAAGGCAACAUCAAGACCAGCUCCAACUGAGACCAAGACAAGAGCUGAACAUGAUAUCAAAGAAGAGACGUGUAAAUACACAAUUAAACAAGACAGGAUAGUGAGUGAUACUGAUCAAGAGUCCUUGAUGGCCAACACAACCAAGUGACCAUGACACAAAUGUUCAUGGGACAUGUAUGUUUUUUAUUCUGUACUUCAAGUAAUCGUGCUUGAACAGUUUUUUUAUCAUGAAGGAUUACAUUUUUCAAAGCAAGAUGGUUGGUCUUGAAGAAAUGCUGAAGGAGCAGCCGAGAGAAGCUCCUCCAGAGUCCACAGUGAUCACAAAUCCUUUGGAUCAAACCCAAACCAAGACCAAACAGAUGGCAGCAAGACCAAGAGGAGAUCUAUCAACAAACUGGAAGACGUCUGUGUUUUUAUAUCUGAGAUGAUCUCACCAACCCUGGGACCCAUCUACUUCCUGUUUGGCAUGUGUGUUGCUAUGGACCAGGGGGAGGUGCUGCCCCGUGUGAGGCUGUUUGGAUCAGCGGUUCUGUAGGAAUAUGAGAGAACCCGGUCCACCCAGCGCUGAGGUGGAAUGCAGUUCAAAGUGAAAUGUUGGACUCUUUACUUCACCACUCUACUCUUUACUCUUCUGCAUCGGGUACCUUUACAUUUAUUACUAUAGCUUCAUUUUGAUUAUACUUUUACACACUUUCACCUGUGUGACAUUUUGAAUGCAGGACUUCUACUUGUAACAGUAUCUAUACAAUGUGGUAUUAUAACUUUAACCAAAGUAAAGUAUCUGAAUACUUCUUCCGUCACUGAUACAACACAUGAAGUCCAAAUAGACCCGCACUCAGAGCUCUAGUGUUAAUCAAUGAAUUACAAAGCUUUAUUGUUCUCCUGCACAAACAUCUCCCUGCAGGAGCAAUCUGCAUGUUCUGUUUGACAGGAAGUAACAUGUACCAUGUGCAUGAAAUGUGGAAGUGUGAUUGUUUUGUGCAGAAAUCAUUAACGUCCUGACACCAUCACCACCAAUGGAAAAGAUGAAACCUGCAAGUUUAUAAAAAGUGAUGUUUAUUUUCUAUUAUGAUCAUUUACAAAUAUCAGAUUAUUGCUAAAUGUUUUUUUCUGCUCUUCAUGUUAUUUCCUUUGAGAUGUGUAACUCUACGUGAGUUUUGUUAAUGAUGGAUUGUAUUGCUGAGUGUCCUGAAAUGAUACGGUGGCUCCUGCUGGAUGAUGGAGACCUUUCUAAACGUUAAACAAUAACUCAGACUAAUGGAAAGUUUAUUUUAAUCAGAACAACAGAUAUGAGAAUAAGGAGAUUAAAGAAGAUCUAUCAACAGCUGAAGGGAAAAAGUAUAACUUUUAAAUAUUGUAUUUUUCACAUAAAGUUUGAAUUUAU